GGUUUGGUGCAUGAAUUACACUUGGAUUCUGGCAUUGAAUACACAUGGCUUCUUGCAUGAAAACCAUUUUUCUUGGUGCAUGAAUCACACUUGACUUCCUGCAUGAAAUGCUCAUGGAUUUAUGCAUGAAUAUCAAUUAACUUCUUGCAUGAAAUACAAGUGGCUUCUUGCUUGAAUUGUGCAUGCCGUGGUGCAUAAAUAACAACUGGCUUCUUGCCUGAAUUACAAGUGGCUUCUUGCACGGACUACGCAUGGUCCGGUGCAUGAAUAACAUUUGGCUUCCGGCAUGAAUAACACUUGGAUUCUUGAUUGAGAAACUUCUUUAUUUUGCUUCUAUAAAUAGAAUUCCAUAAUGUAAUUUAUGUAUCAUUGAAAAAUUAGAAAAUCAAAGUGUGUGUGUUUCUGAAACAGAGUGUCUAUGUUUUACCUUACUGGUUCUGAACUGUGGAAGCAGGCUAUGACAUGCAAUUUAUAAACUGGACUAAAGAUGUGAAUAAAUUUAUGGAAAAUUUGUCACAUUUAUCUUUCAAUGGAAAUGAUGCAAAUCAAUCUACCAUGGCAGAAGGCUUAGCAGAAGCUCUAGUGAUGUAUCCAAAGCCAUGUGAUACAAUGACAGAAAGAGAAUACUAUAUUUCAGAAAGACAUUGUAUUCUAGUUGCUCCAGGUGAUCCUGCUCCUAAGAGUAUGUUAGUGUGUCUGCCAAUGAUUCAAAGAGCUCAAGUUAUUGGUCAAAGAUUAAAGGCUUGUCAGGCCGAUUUUCUCGAGGUCGCCAAAACAUGUAUCCCGCUAUCUGUUUCCCUAUCAGUGAUAACUCCUAAUCCAGUUCCAAUUUUUGGAGCCAUAUUUAAUAUGGGAAACAAUGCAUUAACAUUGUCAAAUGCUCCAAUCUCAAGUUACAGCACUGGCCAAUUGACUGUUUUACUGUCAAAAAACUUCAGAGAGGCACACGUUGCACUGAAAGAAAAAGGAAUAAUGGAAUAUCCUUCAACAACAAGUGUAGGAUCAAUCAGUGCAGCACCUGAUACAACACUUUUCAGAGCUUUCUCUACCAAUCUUCAAGAAGAACAAGUCUCCUCCUCCAUGGCAAUAGGGGACACAAUACGUGAAACUGACAAUACUAUAACACCGGAGCCUGUAAGCACCUCGCAGCAUAAUUCUCAAGAGAACAUUGUUCAAAUGAAUCUAUACGAAGAUAUCAUGUCCGAGCUUGACGACGAUGAUCUUUUUACACCGAAUAAAAGAUCAAAAACAUUUGCACCACUAGAGGAUGACCCUGAUCUGCAAGAUUUUUUCAAAUUUGAUCAAAACCCUUUUGAAGGUUUUGACCAAUUCAUCAAACAAGAUCAACAAGUAUUCAACCAACAAGAGAUUCCGACGGAAGAAGCUGUAUUCAACCAACAACAGAUUCCGACGGAAGAAGCUGGAGUAGAUUUUGCAAAUGAGCUGCAAGAAAUUCUGAAUGGUGCUUCAAGGAAUACAUCAACAGCUCAAACUGCCAAUGUUGAAUGUACCACAAGUUCAUUUCAGGAAGUAAACAAAUAUGUUGCUCCUGCUUCAAAUGUCGGAGAAGGGUCUUCGACAGGACUACUUCAUGAAAGCAAUUUGCAAUCAUGGUAUAAUCCUCAUGCCAUGACGAGCACAUCAAAAUUGGAUUCUCAGAGUUUCCCAACUAAUGCUUUCAAUGGGAAUAUGACCAGCACAUCAACAUUGGAUUCUCGUAGUUUCUCAACUAAUAAUUUCAAUGGGAAUUUUACAUUGUCUAAUGUAAUGGGCAACUCUCAGAUGCAGCAACUUCAACCAGGCUCAUCACAAAACCAGUUUUCCAUGUCUCCUGGUUUUGCUAGAGGACAAGUGGGCAACUUCUCGGUUCAGCCUAUGGGACAACAUUUUCAGGCCUGCAAUCAGUUCCUGAGGAAUAAUAACACGGCAUCGUAUAAUCUUCCUGCAUUUGGAGCAAACACUUGGCUUCGUCCGAUGCCAAGCUUGUCUCCCUCGUAUCCGAGUGCGAGCAUGUGUUUCCCUACCCUCAAAGAAAUACAAGACUAUGUUCAGACGUGGGAGGGCACAUUAGCAGGAAAAAUUACGUCGAGUCGCAUAACCAUCCUGAGAGCAAAGGCUUUCAGGAAAUCAAGUACGCCACCAACGCUUACACUUGACUGGCCUGGUAGGUUGGAGAUUAGCAACUAUCUACCUCAAAAGGCUCUCCUCCAUACCAGGAGAUUUUCCCAGCCAAUACAUUAUCUUUUCUUUCAUGUGGCUAAGUACAGCAAUGUAGAUCUAUACAAUCACUGUAAAACCAGAAAUAAUUGUGCAAAAGUAGAUCUACAGUUCCAAACAAUAAUAUUGUCUCCAACUGAAAGGGAACCACUCUUUGUUGGAACAGUUUUCCCUGGGGGAACGAUAUUUAUAGAACAAGCAUAAUAAUCAGAGAAUAGAAGUCUUCUUUUUUCAUGUGAUGAAGCUGGUUUAAUCACAUGAAUACCUUCAAGGAGAUGGAAGUUUUCUGUGUAUUAUAAUAUUUCCAGGAAGACUUGAUUAGGAACAUGUUAAUUAUCAUUGUAAAUAUAUCUGAGCAGCAUUCAUGAAAAGUAAAGCUUUUUGUGUUGAUUACCAUUGUAACCAAACUUUAUCCCACUAAGUGGGAUCGGCUACAUGUAUCAAAU